AUGUCUUCAGCACCAUCAUCGGAGAAACCAUCCCAGGACCGGGACCAAGAGACCUCUCGCGUACUGCACACAAAGACGCUAUCAUCACCACACGGCUACGUCCACCUAGAACUCGCCUCAGAUGGACCCCAAGAAAUACAACUGGACAAUAUCCUCGCUAAAUCUUAUUUUACCGCUGCUCUGAAACAAUACCUCGGGCUCAUGGGGGAAGCUAUGCGCAUUGACAUACUCAAGACGACAAAGGAAGCAUGCUGGGUUCGGCUGCCGAAAGAAGACCUUCUGUCUUUCUGCGCUGCUGUAACAGCGUACGGAGGUGUGACUGAGGGAAAUACGAGAUAUAUUCUGAGAGUACAGACGUGCUCAGACUGGCUGGGCCCUCUUACUGAUGAUAGGUGGCAGGACAGCCCUGAAUGA